AUGACCUACAAGACGAUCCUGGUGCAUUGCGAUGCCGGCCCGAAGGUCGGUCAGCGACUCGGUGUGGCGGCGGACCUUGCGGAGCGGCACGCCGCGCAUCUGGUGGGGUUGCACGCAAGUCCCCCGCUGGAGGCCCCGGUGUUCUUCGAGGGCAUGCCCAUGGACAGUCUCUUCGCCAGCUACGAGGCCAGCGCGAAGGCUGACGAAACCGCCGCCCACGCCGCCUUCGACAAGGUCCUCAAGGGCCGGCAUCUUUCUUCCGAGUGGCGCGUGACGGAAGGCUUCAUCGACACCGAACUCGCAGUCCAGUCGCGCUACGCCGAUCUCCUGGUGGUCGGCCAGACCGAUUCCGAGGCGCAGACACCGACGCCCUCCGACCUGCCCGAGGCGGGUACGGACGUGGACGGCACCAUCGUCACUCCGCGCAGCCUGGCGGCCUACGACCGUCCCGUUCCGCGCUACACCAGCUAUCCGACGGCCGCGCAAUUUCAUGGCGGCGUGGCGCCGGCAGACCAUCGCGCCUGGCUCGCGGGCCUGUCCGAUGCGCGGGCGACGGUCUACCUGCACGUUCCCUUCUGCCGCAGGCUCUGCUGGUACUGCGCCUGCAACACGUCGGCGAUGAGUCGCACGCAGCCGCUCGACGACUAUGCGCAGGCGCUGGUGCGCGAAAUCGAUCUGGUGGCCGAGGUCGUUCCGCACCUGCUGGUGGGGACGAUCCAGUGGGGCGGCGGCACGCCCUCGCAACUGGGCGCCGAACGGCUGGCACAGGUUUCCAGGCAUCUCGCCGGGCGCUUCGACCGGGCAAGCGGUGCCGAAACGUCGGUCGAGGUCGAUCCGCGCUUCUGCGACGAGGCCUUCGUCGCGGCGAUGGUCGAUACCGGCGUUACCCGGGUGAGCGUCGGCGUGCAGGACUUCGACAUCGACGUGCAGAAGGCCAUCAACCGUCUCCAGUCGGUCGAGGUCACGGGCGCGGCGAUCGGUCGGUUCCGGGACGCCGGCGUACGGCAUGUGAACAUCGACCUGGUUUAUGGUCUGCCGCGCCAGACGCUGGAGUCGCUCUCGCGCACGCUGGAUGUCGCUCUCGCGAUCCGCCCCGAGCGCUUUGCGGUAUUCGGCUACGCGCAUGUCCCCUGGAUGAAGGCGCGCCAGCAGCUCAUCGACGUAUCGACCCUGCCCGGCCUUCCCGAACGCGCCGCCAUGGCGGACCUGGUGGCCGAGCGGCUCGUCGCUGCCGGCUACAGCCGCGUCGGCCUCGAUCAUUUCGCACUGCCGUCGGAUCCGCUGGCGAGCGCGGCGAGCCGGGGCCGGUUGCGCCGCAGCUUCCAGGGCUAUGUCGUCGAGGAACUGCCCUCGUUCGACGCCUCUCGGCAGCGGCUCCUUCACAGGGUAGGUCGCGGAGCCGUUGAUCACGAUCGCCGGCGGCAGGCGGUCGCCGAGGUCUCGCAGCAGCGCACUCGCAUGAAACAUCGUCGCCAGGCCCUGGGCAUCGAGAACGCAAGUGAAGCGGAAGAGGAACGACGUUCCGUCGCGCCGCUUGGCCCAACCGUUGCCUGA